AUGGUCAUUCGUAUACCUGUGACAAUUCAUGGCGCGCCGGACAAGUUUCUCAUCGUCUGCGAGUCAGGAAAGGAAACUGUACGAUGGUUAUGCGAGACAGCAUACAAAAAGUUUGGUGAUAAAUAUGUACCUCAAAUGAAACUGUGUAAUUUCGUUGCGCGACGUAUGGCUGAUCGAUGUUUGUUGUCACUGAAUGAUCUUGUUCAUGAUGCGUUGAAAGACGAUGAGCCCGUUGAAAUCGAUACGUUGAAACGACUGGAUGAUGAUGAUUCAUUUAGUGCAGCGACAGAUGAGGAACGACGCGUUGUUGUACUCGACGGUUAUCAUCUGAAAUGCAGUGAUCUGGUUCGUCUUGGAACGGGUGAUUACCAAAUUGAAUUGCCGCCUGAAACAUGGAGUAUCAUCAACAAAGCACGACAAGUUGUUGACGAUAUUAUUGAUAAUAAAAAAGUCGUUUAUGGCGUCAAUACUGGUUUUGGUUCGUUUGCAUCACGGAUCAUCCCAAACGACAAACUAGCCGACUUGCAAACACGUUUGAUCGUCUCGCAUUGUGCUGGUGUUGGUGAUCCCUUAACAAUCGAACGAGCGCGAAUGAUGUUCGCAUUGAGAAUAAAUAUUCUUGCUAAAGGAUAUUCGGGCAUAUCUGAAGAUACAUUGCGGCGCAUUAUUGCUACAUUCAACAAAUCGUGCAUCCCAGAAAUUCCAUCACAAGGAACGGUAGGUGCCUCGGGUGAUUUGGCACCAUUGGCACAUCUAGCAGCAGGCCUGAUGGGUGUAGGACGCAUGUGGUCACCAAAAACAGGUUGGGGUAAUGCAUGUGACGUUUUGCUAGAGAAUGGCUUGGAACUAAUUCAGUACAAGCCGAAAGAAGGUUUAACGAUGAUCAAUGGUACGCAGUUUAUCACGUCAUUAGGGGCGGAAGGUGUGGAACGAGCUAUUGCUCUGGCUCGGCAAGCAGAUAUAAUCGCUGCUUUGAGUACAGAAGCAUUGCGCGGCACUGUGAGACACUUACAUCCGCAUCUCCAUGCAUGUCGGCCACAUAAUGGACAAAAUCUUGUCGCACAACGAUUACGUUCAUUGUUAAGUUCUCAACUUUAUCGAUCAGACAUUUUUGACAGUCAUAUCAACUGUGGUAAGGUACAAGAUGCUUAUUCCAUUCGAUGUGUUCCACAGGUGCAUGGAAUUUCGUGGGAUACGAUCAAAUUUGUACAAAAUAUCAUAACAACUGAGAUGAACAGUGCAACGGACAAUCCAUUGGUGUUCACAGAUACCGGUGAAGUUGUCUCAGGCGGUAAUUUCCAUGGAGAAUAUCCGGCUAAAGCAUUGGAUUACCUCGCAAUUGGCGUUCAUGAAAUUGGUAGUUUAAGUGCCUGUCGAAUGGAACGAUUAGUCAAUCAUGGGAUGAGUGGUUUACCAGCAUUUUUAACACUCGAAGGAGGUCUUAAUUCUGGUUUCAUGAUUGCACACUGCACUGCUGCAGCUCUCGUUUCGGAAAAUAAAGUUCUAUGUCAUCCAUCAUCGGUAGACAGUAUUUCGACAAGUGCUGGCCAAGAAGAUCAUGUGUCUAUGGGCGGAUGGUCAGCUCGAAAAGCAUUGAAAGUGAUUGACAACGUCGAAAUUUUGAUGGCCAUUGAAUUGCUAAUGGCAUGUCAAGCAAUCGAUCUCCUUCAACCUUUAACAUCAACAGCACCAUUACAGGCUGUUCACAGUCUCGUGCGACAAUCCAUUCCGGCUUGGGAUAAAGAUCGAUUUAUGGCGCAUGACAUCGAAGCGUCUACUCGUAUUAUCAAAUCUGGUGUUAUUUGGCAAGUUGCGAAACCAUUCAUAGAAGCAUAUCUGGAUUGGUGUUAUCACAAGGAAGAUGGAGAACCAUUACCGAAAUCAUCCUCAUCCGAUAACUGCUGUCAUUGA